AUGGACCGCGCGAUGGAGCUCAUCGCCAAGUUUAGCUGGCUUGACUUUGAGCAACGCUACUCGAUGGCCUUUACGACGACACGCGCUGAGCGCUGUCGGACUCGCCACGGCGCUAAUGGCGCCGUGUACCUGGCGUCCUCCUUCGCAACGUCAACAAGACGGCGCUACUCCAAAGCGUGGACCACGGCGAUCUCUGCGGCAGGCGAAAUCACGCCGCUUGUCUUUGUCCUUAACGAAGUCUUGUCGGUGCUCACGCGCCAGUACUCGCCCCCUAUGCCACUGCGAGCGUCGGCCGUCAUGACGGGCCUCGCGAGCCUCCGGCUCUGGGCAAGUAUUAAUGUCGUCGACAUCAAAACGCGGCGCGUCUAUCGACUGGACGCAGCGACGCUUCUCAAACGGUGCGGCGUCGCGGCCCGCCUGCGCCAUGCUAUCCCUCUUCGCGUCGACUUGUGA